AUGGCGGCGGCGGGGCCGUGGCCGGAGCUGGAGGCGGCGUUGCGGGAGCGGCGGCGGGAGCUGUCUCUGGCGGGCGCGGCGGUGGCCGAGCGGGUGGCGGCGGGCGGCGGGCGGCUGCCGGAGGCGCUGCUGGCGCUGCCGCUGCUGCAGUCGCUGGAGCUGAGCGGCUGCGCGGCGCUGCGGGAGCUCGGCCCGGGCGUGGCGGCCGCGCUGCCCGCGCUGCACACGCUGGUGCUGAGCCGCAACGCGCUGGGCCCGGCCGGGCUGGGCUCGGGGCUGGGCGGGCCCCUGCCCGCGCUCCGCCUGCUCGACCUGUCCGGGAACGGGCUGGAGGCGCUGCCCGCCGAGCUCGGCGGGACCGGGGACGGCGCGGGGGACGCGGGCCCGGCCUUCCCGCAGCUGCGCAGCCUCAACCUGAGCGCGAACCGGCUGCGGGAGCUGGGCCCGGGGCUGGCCCGCGCCGCGCCGCAGCUCCAGGAGCUGCUGCUGUCUGGGAACCGCCUGCGGGCGCUGCCCGGAGGGCUCCUGCCCCCGGCCGGGCCUCCCGCGCCCUUCCCGCUGCUCAGCCGGCUGGACGCGGCCGACAACGAGGUGGCCGAGCUGGGCGCCGACAUCGCGGCGCUGCCGGCGCUCAAGAGCCUGGACGUGGCCAACAACCAGCUGCGGGAGCUGCCCGCCGCGCUGGCCGACUGCCCCCGCCUGAAGGAGGCCAACUUCAGGGGCAACCAGCUGAGGGACAAGCGGCUGGAGAAGAUGGUCAAUGGGUGCCAGACGAAGGCCAUUCUGGAGUACCUGCGCGCCGGGGGCCGUGGGAAGGGCAAGACCGAGAGUGCCAGAGAGGAGGUCAGGAAGAAGAAGAGGGAGAAGCAGCAGAAGAAGGACAGUGGGGAUGGGGAGCAGGAUGAGGUGGAAGAGGCGAGCAAGCUGCUCGUGAAGGUUCUGCACGUCACUGAGAACCCAGCGCCUUUGGUGGUCAAAGUGAGCCCGGGUGUCAAAGAUGUUCGAGCCUUCAUCGUGUGCUGUGUGCUGAAAGGAGUGAACUUGAAGCCAGGAAAUGCUCUCAAAAGGUUCCUGACCAUGCAGACCAAGCUGCACGAGGACAUCUGUGAGAAGCGCACAGUGGCCACCAUUGCCACCCAUGACUUGCAGCUGGUCAAAGCUCCUCUGACAUAUGAUGUUCAGCCUCCUGAUGAGCUCAAGAUCAUGCCCCUGGGUCGGAAGGAGAUCAAGGCAAAGGACCUUCUGCGCCAGCUGCAGCUGGAGGCUGAGGAGCAGCGGAAGCAGAAGAAGCGUCAGAACGUCUCUGGGCUGCACAAGUACCUGCAGCUGCUGGAUGGCAAAAACAACUACCCGUGCCUGGUGGAUGCUGAAGGUGCUGUGAUUUCCUUCCCACCAAUAACCAAUAGUGAGAAAACAAAGAUUAGAAAAGAGACACGGGACCUGUUUCUGGAAGUGACGAGUGAUACGAGUUUACAGAUCUGCAAAGAUGUGAUGGACACUCUUAUCCUGAAAAUUGCAGAGCUGAACAGAUCUACCUUGGAGAACAAGGAAGGCUCUGGUUCAGAUGUGGAAUUGGAUGCUCUCUGUGAACCAGGGAGUUUGAACCUGCCCUUGGUGGUGGAGCAGGUGCGAGUGGUGGACAUGGAUGGGAACUUGAAAGUACUUUAUCCUUCAAAAACUGACCUGGCCACAGUUUCCUCUCUGCUCACUGUGAUCCGUUAGCAGCUGCCUGAGCCGAGAGAGAAUUCAAUUUCCUUUUUUCAGUU